UUGAUCGAAUUUAGUUGACGAAGUGUUGAGAACCUGAACGGAUUUGUUAACUAAGUUGACGGCGGCGCGCAUCUACAAUAAGCAACAAGAACAAGAAAUAGUAAAACAAUAGCAAUUGUGGGGUGGGAAAAAAGCGCAAGUGAUAUCCAACGAACGGUCUAUGGAACAUUAUGUUGCCGUAUAAAACAACACUCUGGCUGCUACUUAUCUCUGGUUUAGCGCAAAGGAUUUGUGCUGCAAGCAAGGACUAUAUCGAUCUACUCGAACUGCCGGACAACGAUGAAUUUCUGUGGGGUCGACACGACAAUGAAAAUGCAUACAACGUAGCACAUUCGAGCGCUAACGGAUCUAAUAGUACAGCAGAGGGCGGAGGCAGUGGGGAUAUUUUGAUGCGUCACAUAUUGAAGAAGCGACAAGUGAUUUUUCAAGAAAAUAAAGACUAUGGUGAAUGCCGUACGGCGCUGGGUGAAGUGGGUCGCUGCCGACACCCACUUUACUGUCGUUUGCCGGAGUUGAAGAAUGAUGUUUGGCGUUUGAUCUCGCAGCUGUGCAUAAUCGAACAAUCCACCAUCGGUGUGUGUUGCACGCAACAAACCGAGUCGCGCUCCAGUCCACAAGUAAUUAGCGAUGUUAACGGUAAUGGCUUGGACGAGGCGCGUAUUGUCAACAAACCCGAGCAACGUGGUUGUGGUCUGACUACUAAACAAUUUCCACGCAUUACUGGCGGUCGGCCGGCCGAGCCCGAUGAGUGGCCAUGGAUGGCCGCGCUUAUACGUCCGGGUUUACCGUAUGUGUGGUGUGGUGGCGUGCUCGUCACAGAUCGUCAUGUGCUCACGGCUGGACAUUGUGUGCAUAAAUUUCAGAAGGAAGAUAUUUUUGUACGUUUGGGUGAAUAUAAUACGCAGCUGUUGAAUGAAACGCGCGCACGCGAUUUUCGCAUUGCUAAUAUGGUGAUUCAUAUCGAUUAUGAUCCGUUGACUUAUGAGAAUGACAUUGCGUUGUUGCGCCUGGAUCGUGCGACACUCUUCAACACCUACAUUUGGCCAGUUUGCAUGCCACCGGUGGGACAGAGUUGGGAGGGUCAGGUUGGUGUUGUGACCGGUUGGGGUACACAGACAUUUGCCGGUCCACAUUCGGAAAUACUAAUGGAGGUCUUGCUUCCCAUUUGGCGUCUUUCCGAUUGCCGUAAUGCGAUGGUUGAACGCAUUCCCGACACUAUGAUGUGCGCUGGUCGGCGUGAGGGUGGUCAGGACUCGUGUCAAGGUGAUAGCGGUGGUCCGCUCCUCGUGCAAUUGCCAAAUCGUCGCUGGGUUACAGUUGGUAUUGUCUCUUGGGGUGUACGUUGUGGCGAGGCAAAUCGUCCUGGCAUGUAUACGAGUGUUAACCAUUAUAUGCAUUGGAUACUAGAGAACUCGGAUAUUUAGUGCGAUUGAAAAUAACUAUGUUGCAUCCUUAAAAAGCCGUUUAUUAAAUAAAAUGUUUGUUUAAUA